AUGCAAUUUUUGAAUCCUUCUUUGCUUGCAAGCCUUGAGCAAGGUCAGACAUAACCAAUUUUUAGAAUUCAUACAAGAAUACUUAUAAAUCUACCAUGAGUGCUUUCCCGGAUCAAGAUGAAGAAGAGUCAGGUCUAUUGAGAAAAAUCAAGGAAAACCCUAUGGUUCCUGCGGGUUUGCUGGCUGGAGUUGGGCUGUUGACAUAUGCUUUCCGUGAUUUCAAGAAUUCCAAAGGAAAGAUGUCACCUUCAGUGUACAUCAUGCAGUACAGAGUUAUUAUCCAGUCGACGGUGAUUGGGUUCAUCUCCAUCGGUAUGCUGUACAAUAUGGGAAAAACAUUGAUGGAGAUGAGUGAAAGGAGGAACACGCUACCAGAUACGAAGAGUAAAAGUAAAGAUUAGUUUUGGAUCUCAUUGAACUGUUCUCCAUCAUUAUUCUCUCAAUUAAUGUUAGUAGAAGAGUUGAUACCGGAUAAUUCCAAUAGUCUAUUAUGUAAAUGUGUAUAUUUUCAUUCAAGAAUAACUGUCAGUAUUUAUUACAAAAGUUAGGUUAUUUGAUCCUAACUUAAUUGGUUAAUGUAUCAUACUCAUAAUUUUGCGCAAAUUAAGUUAUUUUUAAGUUUGAAGUGCUCAUUUGUACAGCUCAUUCUUUCGAGGUUUCCUGUCAUUUUACACUUUGAAUAAUAAUUUAUUGUUGUAAAUUCUCAAUGAAUAAUCAUUGUGUAAAUAAGUGUUUAUUUAUUUAUUACAAACAUUGUUUAUAAACAAAAAAUGAUUUAUUCAUAAAUAUAUUUUAAAUAAAAAACUGAAAAGUUGAGUUAUCUAAACGUGAA